AUCCGAUUUGCCAUGCCACUUUGCGACAUCAUAUGUCAUCUAUUCGCUCCAUAUAUCAGCGUAAUUUAUAAGUGAAAUGUUUGACAAACUUAAGUAAUACGUUUGUUUCAAAAUAAUAACUUGGAUUUUCUAAUGGUUUCUGUUUCCGUGUACUUUAAUUAUUUAUUUUUUUGAAAGAUCAUAAUUCGUUUGGAACAUUAUGGAGAAACUCCAGUUGUUCGUUGCAUAAGUCAUAUAUAUCAUCCAAAUAUUGAAGAUUAUGAUAUUGGUGGAGCUGUUUGCCUUAAUUUACUUCAAAAUUGGAAUAUUGGAAUGGGCCUUAAAGCUAUCAUUAAUGGUUUACUGUUUCUAUUCUAUGAACCUAAUGAACAAGAUCCAAUUAAUGAGCACUUUAUUAUUCCAUCUGGAUCUAGUUUUCAACAAGCAGUUAUCGAAUCUUUACAAGGAGGCAGUUAUUCACAUUAUUCAGGACUACCAAAUAAAGCUUGGUGUAUUUGGUAUAAUAAAAAUAAGACAAUGGAACAAAAGGAUUCAAAUGAAAUUAUUGAGAAAAAUAAUAAACCAGAAAAACAUUUAAAAUAUAACUAUAGUAAAUAUCUUGGAUUUAAUGUACAUGAUGAAGUUAUUGAUCAGCAUCUACAUGAAGAAACUGAUGAACAAUAUGACUGUGAAUAUCCUAGUGAUCAACAUAAUAGUCCAUCGAUCUCAUCAGAGAAACAAGUAUAAAUCACUGUUAAUUUCAUUCUGUUUUCAAUGUCAAUAGUCAAUUAAAUUCUAUUCAAUUUAGGCUUUUAUAGAACUGGGAAGUCAUACAACAAUUAAUAAUCAAUCAAUGCUUAUUUUUGCUAUAUUUAGAUGAAGCAAAUCAAAUAAGAGAGGAAGUUAACUAUAAAGCCAGUGGUCAAUUUGAAUAAAAUAAAUAUACUUUUUGUGAUAGUCUAAUGUGUAGAAAAUUGUAUAUCUGACAUUUUGUGACUUAAUCUAAGCCACUUCUUCAAAGUAAACAAAUAACCGAUAUUAAUUUAUCACAAGUUUAAAUAACACAAAGGAAACAAUGCAAAAUAUUUUUAGUACAAUCAAAACCGCAAUAGGUCUAAAUAUAUCAAUGUCAAGUUAUUUUUGGUCAAGGUAAAUUUGUAUGACAUGUCAUUGUAUUAAUUUUUGCGUCUGAAGAUGGGUAUGAAAAAUGUAUACAUUUGUAAUAUGAAGUAGUGGGAUAGAAAUUGCUUUGCAUAUUUGUUAUUUUCAGAAGCGGUUUUGUGGAGAUUUUAGUAAUUUCAGUAUUUGAAAUCAUGAGUCAAUUGAAGCUAGACCACCAUGGAAAACCUGGAAGUACUGGAAGGCCGUUUCGUCCUGGUAUGGGACUCCUCAGCGGUGCGCAUCCACGAUCCCGCCCCCCACGGGAUUUAAUUGUUUUUAACAAUCUACCCAGUACUCCAUUUAUUUCAAACUAUAAAGUUCAACCUUAUCAAUGACACACAGUUUUAUAUAAAUCAAUAAUGUUUUAUUUGUUGUUCAUCUCAAUUAAUCUGUUUCAUGCUUAUGUGUGCUUCUAUUUUGCAAUCAACUAGAAUAAUUCAUAGUUGAUUGUGCUUUUCUUGAUUACCACUAUUAUGAGUUAAUGGUGUAAUCGAUUAAUCAUUAAACAUCCGAUGAUCUAG